AUGGAGCAGCUCAUUGAGACCGACCAGAAGUCGGUCCUCUUUUCACGACAAGGAGUCGCGGAACAGAAGCAGAAGGUCCGCUCGAUGGGUUCGGAGUUACAUCGAUCCUUGCACGUGGUGACUCUCAAUCUCGAGCUUCAUGCAGCUGCGCUGUGGAGGUACGAACGCACUCGUAUAUUUCAAAUCUACAUCUACAGUCCUGAUUAUAACGAGAGCUCCGGAGCCAUCAAGCCUCCAGAUUAUACUGUUCGUGCUUCAUCUCCUUUGGAUCUGAAAAGCUUCAAAGUAGAGAUUGUACAAGGUCCUCAUGUACUCAAUAUCUGUCAUAUCGUCGAAAAGAAUGUUCUGCGCUGCGGGGCAAGGAUGUUACUUUAA